AUGAUAUCAACCCUCAAUUUUCAGUUCGUACGUUACUUCAUAUAUAUUUCUUCGUAUGAGUUCGGGACCUAAAACCCUGAAAAGAAAGCCUGAUGAAUCUGUUAGUGAUCAGGUCCCAGUUAAAGUAAUUGAAAAAUCAAGUGAGGGUUCUCGACGUCCUGCGAUUAUAAGUCCUAUCAAAUUAAAUGUACCCACACAGGAUUUUACACCUGAAAUCCCUAAAAAGGUAGACAGCAAGGUCCGUGAAGUCUUCAACUCAGAUGAGGAAAGUGAGGAAGAGGAAAUUCCAACGGAAGCCAGAAUACGAAUGCGAAAUUUAGGAAGGUACACUCCCACAUCUUGCGGUCCCAAUUCUUUUGGAAAAGGAAGAUUUGGUUUUGUUGAUCGUAGAGCAUUACUUAAUAAACAAACAGAAGCAUUGAAUGAAGCAGUUUCAGGAGAGAAUGAACGUUAGGUAUCAUAUUACUUAAACAAUCAAAACUACAAUAUAUCAAGCAAAAAAAUCACCACCACUACUAACAAAAUCGUUUCCAAGUAUUUAUUCACCUUUGAUUGUGUGUAUAAAAAGAAAUGUUAAUGAUAAUUGUAAUUAUGUUUAAUUUUCUUUAUUCUCAACAACAAAAACAAAACAAAACUCAAUGAAUAUUUAUAUCAGAUUUA